AUGGUGAAGACAGACUUUGAGGUUUUUGAGUAUGGCCAUGACCUGUCUUCAGACUCGGACACGGAUGAAGUUGGUAGCCAUAGCAAUCAGCUUCCACUUGAGAAGCCACCAUUACCCAUGCAUGCAGUCUUCAAAGGUCAAAUCAAGCUUGCUGUGUACAUGAACUUUGGCCUGCUUACAGUGCAUGUUAUCCAGUCCAGGCAUUUGAGUUCCAAGUGGAAGUCCCUCUGUGAUUCGUAUGUCAAGAUGUCACUGUUACCUGAUGAGAGUAAGCGUACAAGAUGUAAGACACAAGUUGUCUACGACUCCAACAACCCACUUUAUGACGAGAAAUUCUCAUUUGAACUUUUGGAAGAGGACCACAACAAGCGUUUGUUGAUCUCUGUGUGGCACCGUGACCAGACAAGCAGCCUGAGCGAAUUCCUGGGAUGUAUGUCAUUUGGUGUGAGACACCUGCUUAAUCCCAAAAAGGAGACAACAGGAUGGUAUUAUCUGUUGACUGAAGAAAUUGGCCGUAAGAAGCAUCUCCAGGUGUCGAAGAAAAAGCAACAGCAGCAACUCAAAGUCAGACCUCACAACAACAUCCCUGCCAUUAACAAAGAUAUCUGGUGGAUGGACCCAAUGACGAUCACAGUUCUCCGAGGGAAGAAUGGGUUUGGAUUCUCUGUGAUUGAGUCUUGUCCAGUCAGGAUCGGUAGAGUUGACAAAGCCUCUCCUGCUGAAGAAGCUGGCCUGAAGAAAGGGGACUGUAUUGUGAGAGUGAACGGACGCAACGUUUCAAGGUCCACUGCUGACAGUGUUGUAAAAUUGGUCAAGCACAGCAGUGGCAAGCUGGUUUUGGAUGUCCAGCGAUCACAAGAAGUCUGCAUCGAGAAGAUGGACAAGUCGCCAUGGAGACCAUCGUCAUCUAUGCAGAACCUCAAUGAUGAGAACAAGCAGCCUGUGCCAGUGUACAAUGAUGACUUGUCUGAGUUUGACGGCUCGGACAACGAGAGCAGGGAAAGACAACUCUCGGUCGACGAGGACAUAAUCUUGGCUGAGGCAGAUUUCCCUACCAGUACUCCAUUGCCAUUAUUCUGUAAUGCUGCAAAGACGGUUCCCUCGGCUGAUCGUCGUAAGCAGGAAGCUAUUCACCGGCUGAUGAGCAUUGAGCUGGACUUCAUUGACUUCAUGCACAGCGGAAUCGAGAGAUACUCCCGACCCCUCAGGCACUGUAUCCUGAAUGCCAAGCAACACUUGGAACUCUUCCAGAACGUCGAAAAGUUGGUGACGAUCUCCGAAUACCACAUCAAGCAGAUGCAGGACAAUGCCCCGUCUUGCUCUGACACAGACACUACCAGUUCUCAGUCUUCUAUGGACGGCACCAACCACUUUGUCAACUCCAUCGGCAUGAUCUACCAGUCUAAGAUACAACUGCUGUGCCAAGCCUAUGAUAUUUAUGCCCGGGGUCUCAGCAAUGCCAACAAAGUGCUCUCAGAUCUCAAACGAUGCCAGGAAUUCCAAAAAUUUAUCCAGGAUGCUGACGAUGGUCGACAGCCCAGUAUCAUGGCGUUCAUCUACCGUGCUGCUCAGCAUAUCCGUGAGCUGUACCAGGUACUGAGGGAUGUGUUUGAGAACACGCGGCCAGACAGCAGGGAUUUCUACAAGCUCAAGAGAGUCGUCGAAGGUCUCCGGGAGUGUGUCACGAACAUCACCAACUACAGCUGUACCAGAACCUGCAGCUGGGGGUCUAUCAGUUCUGGCAUCAGCUCAGACUCCGCCCGAUCUUUGGGGUCCUCAGGGUCCUCCAGCACGGGGUCUGAAUCCUACAUGGGCAAACCCAAAGCCCCAAGUCCCUCAUUGGCCAGCUACAGGUCAUGUGACAGUGAGGUCAUGAAGCUCCAGGAUAGGCUGAUUUUCCCAUCAAAUGUUGAGAUGUUCCAACUGUGUGGAGAGGACAGACAUUUGAUAUACAGUAGUGAGCUGUAUGAAUGGGAUGGCCGUGCCUGGGCUAAGAUUCACGCCUUCCUGUUCACUGACAUUCUCCUACUGACUGAGCGAGACAGACGGGGCUACUACAUUGUCCUUCAGAAUCCUAUCUUCCUCAGGGAUGUUCGAGGAAUUCACUCACAGCGAGAGCACAAAACUGAAUUUGUUAUGCAUGUAAACAGCCCAAGGGAUCCCUUCAGCAACUGCCGCGUUUCAUUCGCUGAGAAGCACCUUUUCCGAUCACCGUCCUCGGAACAGAAAUUCACCUGGAAAAGCCUGAUUGAGCAGAGAAUCUUCGCAGUACGCGGGAGCGUAGAGCAUUUCAGCAGUACCAGCAGCAUCAACAACUGUGGCUCCACCGUUAUCGUCUGAAAAAACUGAAUCAUCAAUUUAUUUAUGUGCUCAGACAUAUGAUGGUGCUGCGUUUGCUUCUUGGAUCAUGAAGGAAUUCUCUACUAGUGUAUCCUGGG